CGCGAUUUCAGUUGAUAGUUUGCCGGCCUGACAAAAUAAACCGAGAGAAAGUUGUGAAAUAGUAUUUGCUUUGUACUUUUUAAGAAUUACUGUAAACGAGAAGUGUUGAUUUCCAAAGUGCUGAAAAAGUGUCACCAACCAUGGCUCUAAAACUCAAAAUCGCAAUUAUUGGACAGAGCAACUUUGCAGCUGACGUUCUGGAGCUUUUGCUGGAGCGCUCGAAUGUCCAGAUAGUGGGAGUCUUCACGAUUCCCGACAAGGGCAGUCGCGAGGACAUCCUGGCCACCACUGCCGCCGCCCACAAGAUUCCCGUGUUCAAGUUUUCCAGCUGGCGUCGCAAGGGCGUAGCCCUUCCUGAGGUCCUGGAGCAGUAUAAGUCGGUGGGCGCCACCCUGAACGUCCUGCCCUUCUGCUCCCAGUUCAUUCCCAUGGAGGUGAUUGACGGCGCUCCGCUGGGCAGCAUCUGCUACCAUCCCUCCAUCCUGCCACGUCACCGCGGAGCCAGUGCCAUCUCCUGGACCCUCAUCGAGGGCGACGAGGUAGCCGGCUUCAGUAUCUUCUGGGCAGACGACGGUCUGGACACGGGACCCCUGCUGCUCACCCGCCAGACGAACCUCGAGCCCACCGAUACGCUGGACACCAUCUACAAGCGCUUCCUGUACCCCGAGGGCGUGAAGGCCAUGGGCGUGGCCGUGGAUAUGGUGGCCAAUGGAACGGCUCCCAAGAUAACCCAAACGGAAGUGGGAGCCACCUAUGAUCCGGCCAUGUUCAAGACGGAAAAUCAGGUGAUCAAUUUGCAAGCCUCUGCAGAGAAGAUUUGGAACUUUGUGCGAGGUCUGGACUCGGUUCCGGGAGCCGUGGCCACUGUGGUCCAGGCGGAUGGCACCGAGGAGCAAAUUCGUCUCUUUGGAGCCCAUCUGUACUCCGCGGGACCCGUUGCCAAUGCACAGCCACUGCGUCUGAAGGGUUUGACCAAGCCAGCCUGGGUCCACAGUGGUGGCCUCCUCAUCGAAGGAACCGAUGGGGCCUUCGUCAACAUUCGCCGGAUUAAGCGUGGCUCCAAGGUGAUCAGUGCCAGCGAGUGGUUCAAGCAGGCUGAGCAGCAGCCCAUCACGGAUUUCACCGAGGAUGAGCUGGGCAAGCGAACCCUGCUUGCGGGGAUUUGGCAGGCCAUACUCAAGGAGCAAAUCGAAUCCUCCACGGAUUUCUUUGCCGCCGGCGCCGGGUCCAUGGAUGUAGUCCGUUUGGUGGAGGAGGUGAAGGAGGCUUUUGAUGUGCCGCUGGAGAACGAGCAGGUUUUCAUGGCACCCGUCUUCGAGGAGUUCUUCAGCCAGCUGGUGAAGAUUAUGCGCCAGGGAAGCGGUGGUUCCAGUGGUCAGCAGCUGGACUUUGAGGGAUUCACGCUGAAGGCCAACAAACGCGAGAUCCGAGUGCCCACGCAACUGUUUAUCAACGGCGAGUUCGUGGAGGCCGAGGGUCAACGCACCUUGGACAUUGUUAAUCCCACCAAUGAGGAAGUGCUCUGCCAAGUGGCCUGUGCCUCCUCCGGCGACGUGGACAAGGCAGUGCAGGCUGCCCACACGGCAUUCUACGGAUCAUGGAAACAGAUCACAGCCAGGCAGCGGGGACAACUUAUGCUCAACCUGGCCGAUCUCAUGGAGCAGCACAAGGAGGAGCUGGCCACCAUUGAGUCAGUGGACUCGGGAGCGGUCUACACACUGGCCCUGAAGACCCAUGUGGGCAUGUCCAUCGAUGCGUGGCGCUACUUUGCCGGUUGGUGCGACAAGAUCCAGGGCAGUACCAUUCCCGUCAACCCCGCGAGGCCCAACAACGUGCUGACCUUCACCCGUAAGGAGCCUAUUGGAGUCUGUGGGCUGAUCACGCCCUGGAACUACCCCCUUAUGAUGCUAUCCUGGAAGAUGGCCGCCUGCAUUGCAGCCGGCAACACCUGUCUUAUUAAACCUGCCCAGACCUGCCCGCUGACCGCCCUCAAGUUCGCCGAGCUGACUGUCAGGGCGGGAUUCCCACCGGGAGUGAUCAACGUGCUGCCCGGCAAGGGUUCGGAUGCGGGACAGGCAGUCGCCGAUCAUCAGCUGGUCCGCAAGCUGGGCUUCACUGGCUCCACGCCCAUUGGCAAGCACAUCAUGAAGUCCUGCGCGGACUCCAAUCUCAAGAAGUGCUCCCUGGAGCUGGGCGGCAAGAGUCCGCUGAUCAUCUUUGCCGAUUGUGAUAUGGACAAGGCUGUCAAACACGGCAUGUCUUCAGUCUUCUUUAACAAGGGGGAGAACUGCAUCGCCGCUGGUCGACUGUUCGUGGAGGAUCGGAUCCAUGACGAAUUCGUGAGACGAGUUCUCAAGGAUCUGCGUACCAUGACCAUCGGGGAUCCGCUGAACCGCUCCACUGCCCAUGGUCCCCAGAACCACAAGGCACACUUCGACAAGCUCCUGGACUUCUGCCAACGGGGCGUGGCCGAGGGGGCGCAACUGGUGUACGGAGGAUGUCGGGUGCCAGAUCUCAAGGGAUACUUCUUUACCCCAACGGUGUUCACGAACGUCACCGAUGACAUGUACAUUGCCCAAGAGGAGUCAUUCGGGCCCAUCAUGAUAAUCUCCAAGUUCAACGGCAGCGACGUGGAUUCCCUGAUGCAGCGGGCCAAUCGAACGGAGUAUGGCCUGGCUAGUGGUGUCUUUACCAAGGACAUUGGAAAGGCCCUCAGUUUCGCCGAUCGCGUCGAAGCCGGCACUGUUUUUAUCAACGUCUACAACAAGACGGACGUGGCCGCUCCCUUCGGAGGAUUCAAGCAAAGCGGAUAUGGCAAGGAUCUGGGUCAGGAGGCGGUCAACGAGUACCUCAAGACCAAGUGUGUGACUGUUGAAUACUAAUAAAAACUUUGCACUUAAGAAAAGAGAAUGGAAUCAGAGAAGGGCCAAGCCCAAGAAUGAUAAGACUUAAUGUUUUGCCUAGCUUAUAGUUAUAUAUAUCUAAUAAAUAAUACCAUA